AUGCCGAAUAAGAACGAUCCUGAGAAGACCAACGGUGCGAACAAGGAUGAUGAUUAUAAAAAUAGUGAUGAUGACGACGGGUGUGAUGAUAAUGAUGAGGUUGAUGCUGACCCUGAUGAUGUUUACACGCAAGCUGAGGAAGUACAAGAACCUGAAAAGCAGUGCAGGUUUAGACAAUACCUGUUUGAUGCUCUACAUCGAUGUGGUGUAGUACAUAUCUCUGACGAAGGCACUGAAGAGAUAUAUGAAUCCUUUCUCGCUUUCUUCUUCGAGGGGGAGUCGGUAACUCCUCAUGCAACAGAGCCGGUAACUCCUUAUACUAAUGACUCUAGAAAGCGAGCAAGGAGCAGUAGCUCGACAAUGCCGUCGUCAACAAACCGAAAAUCCAAACAAGUAUUACUCGACAUGUCAGCAGCCUUUGAUACCAUUGAUCACGGGACUCUGUUGCAUCGCCUUGAACAUCAUUUUGGUAUUGCAGGCAAACCAGUUGAGUGGGUGAAGUCUUGUUUAGACGAGCGCUACCAAACUGUCUGUAUUGAUGGAGAGGUUUCAAACCCUAUUUUGAUGAAAUGUAGUGUGCCACAGGGCUCAGUUCUUGAACCUAAGUUCUUUACCAUGUACACAAAACAUGUUGGUGCAAUUUGUCAAAGAAAGAAGUCUUUGAAAGAACAAAGAGACGAUACAACCAUGUCUGGGGAUCACAACACCUCAUUUUACCAGUACCGUCAUGAUAAAGUGUCUGUAGAAAACACUUCAAUAAAAAAUAACAUCCACUGGUUCCUUAUACCCGCGGUAGCUGUUAUCAUCCUUCUUUCUUUCAUGGAGAAAAGGAAAUAUGUUAAACCGGAUCUUCUAGGAGGACGGCCAGCAUUAGUGAGUCCGUUUGGUUUUCUGGACGAGCCAAGAAAUCGAUGGGGCAUGAUGUUUGUAUUUGGUGCAGUGACUGGAAAUAUUGUCAGAGUUACUCAGAAAACAUUAACACAAGAAGUUGGUGUCCCAAAGUGGGCAAAAAUUUUCCUUGUGUACAUUUUGUGCCUGGAAAUAAGUGUAAUAUCCUACCCGUUGUUUGCCUGUAUGACAAAUAGAAACAAACUUAUUGGAGGUAUUACAGGUCUUGUGUACGCAGUGGGAUGGUUCGGCUAUGAACUUUUUGUUACAAUACAGUUUGCUAGAUGUUCUUCACUGUCCAUUGAUCCAGUGACUACUUUAGACAUGAAAGGAUAUAAAAUAGGGAUGGAAGUACCUACUCUGGUUUUUAGCUUCUUGGUUGUUCUCAAAUUUUCUUGGAAAAUCUACAAAUGUUUCAAGAAAGGGACUCACAGUGAUAGCGAUCAGGCGCUGUCCAAUCUAUGUAGAAGUUACCACCUUACAUACGUGAAGUAUUUGUUAAAGAGAAAUUGCCUCCAGCAGUAUGAUGGAAAACGCAGCCGGUCUUUGAUGGAAAAAAUACGAAAUAUGAUCAUGCAUCCAGUUCCUGGAUUUCGAUUCCCGAUAUCAAUUAUGAUCACAGUGUUCAUGUCGGCUGUCAUGCUAUACUUGACAAAUUUAGCAUUAGCUUUAUUUGUGGAUGUUUUUUCUAAAUUGUACUUAAAGUCCAAACCAGAUAUUCAGGAUCUUCUGCAAGGUGAGACUAUCAUUUGA